AUGAACGCAUGCUGCUGUACGUACGCGCAACAGGUUUGUCCGUGCUGCCGUCGCUGUGCAAAAGACGAUGCCAUCUUCUGCCAGGAGGCGGAACGCACCCAAGUCAUGUGCUCUGGCCACAGAAUUGUUGAAAUUCCCGGAGUGCUGUGCCCACCGUGCGGCGGGAGGCGGAACACCAGCCGGAAUGUGCCGCAUUUUAAUAGCCGUGUCCUAGAGGACGCGGGCGCCGCGACGACUGGCAGUACCGGAAACGGCCGUCGUAGGCUUUCGCUUGAACACAUAUUAGGCUUCGCAGCCAAAGAUAAGAGCUCUUCAAACACGAACAGUCAUAACAGGUCGGGCCGACAGAGCCUUGUCGAGCGACUGCCGUCUCUAUUCAGAGGCACUACAACUGCUGCAGCAUGGAGGGCGCAACAUCAGGAUGUCAACCUAUUCGCAUCCACAAAGUACGCGUCAGCGGCGGUAUCGCCAAACACGAACAACAUGAUGGGCGAGGUGGAGUUGGAUCGCGUAUCGUUAAACGAUUCGCAGGACACCAUCUGGUUCCCAGCCAGAAAACGAGUACAUGUACGUACCGUAUCAGGCCAGCCGACUGUAGUUCCCGCGGAGACGGUUUCGCAAAACACACCUGCCCAUAAUUUGUUAGCGUCACCACCACAGCAGGGAUCCAUGGCCAUAUCAGAUGCCACAGGCUCUUCAAGAAAACCUUUAGCUGCCGCACAUGUCGAGGAGAGCGGGCAAAAAAGUCAUGCACCUGCCCGGGGCGAACGACAGAGCGAAUCGCGUCUCGAGAGAACGCCCGGCUCGUUGCUGACAGGGACACGGUCCGAUGCAAUGUUCGGGCAUGGGAGAGAGCCAACUCCACCCAUACCUGAGCGCAAUCCGCUGAGACUUAUUGCCAGAACCUUGCACCGCCAAAACUCUGGAGAGGUGACGUGGUCGGCGCCCAACGCAAGGCGGUCUUCCGCCCCCGGCUACGUUAACGACGUAUCCGACCUGACUUCCGUACCCGAUGUGUCCUACUUUGCUACUGUCUCCUCCAUAUCACCGCCAGCGUCCGAUGAGGCCAGUGAGGAUCGCCUGCUAGGGUCGUCGUCAAAGGUGGCGGGACAUUCAAGGCAGGAAGAAUUGCGAGAACCCGGCUAUAUUGGAUCUCACCACCCAACCAGAGUGAGUUCUCUCCUUUCUCCGGCUGAACCUACCGGCGCUGGGCCGGAGAGCGCAAUGCCUCCUCGUCCAUCUUCGGGAUCGAUGAAUCGAAUUCAUCGGGUGAAAGAGUCGCCGCCUCCCUCUCGACGAACGCGCAGACGGCGCCGUCCUCGAGUUCCGUACCGCACAACGUCGCGUCGUCGCGGGCCGCCGACAUGCUCCUCCAGUGUGUACAGCCAGUGA